CUCUCAACAGCCACGUAGGCAUUCUCUGCUCUCUGGAGGAAAAGGCCCAGCAGCUGUCGGAGGAAAAGACCCACCAGCUGUCAGCAAAGGGACAUGUCGCAGCUAAGUAAGAAUCUGGGUGACUCGAGUCCUCCGGCGGAGGCCCCGAAGCCGCCUGUCUAUAGCCGCCCUACGGUUCUGAUGCGGGCCCCGCCCGCUUCCUCCCGGGCUCCGCCAGUCCCUUGGGACCCACCUCCAAUUGACUUGCAGGCUUCAUUGGCCGCUUGGCAGGCACCUCAGCCUGCCUGGGAGGCCCCGCAGGGCCAGCUGCCCGCCCCGGUGCCUCCGAUGGCCCAGCCCCCGGCCCUGGGGGCCCCGCUGGUCCAGGCUCCCCCGCUGGGGGGCCCGAUGGGAAAGCCUCCGACUCCGGGAGUCCUGAUGGUCCAUCCGCCCCCUCCGGGAGCCCCGCUGGCCCAGCCUCCGACUCCGGGAGUUCUGAUGGUGCAUCCUUCGGCUCCCGGAGCCCCCAUGGCCCAUCCUCCUCCUCCCGGGACCCCCAUGGCCCAUCCGCCCCCUCCGGGCACCCCGAUGGCCCAUCCGCCCCCUCCGGGGACCCCGAUGGCCCAUCCUCCCCCUCCGGGGACCCCGAUGGUGCAUCCUCCCCCUCCGGGGACACCGAUGGCGCAUCCUCCCCCUCCGGGGACACCGAUGGCCCAGCCUCCAGCUCCGGGAGUCCUGAUGGCCCAGCCUCUGACUCCGGGAGUCCUGAUGGUCCAGCCUGCUGCUCCAGGAACCCCGAUGGCCCAGCCUCCGCCUCCCACAGCCGUGAUGACCCAGCCUCCGCCUGCAGGAGCGCCCCUGGCCAAGCCUCCGGGUCCUGGAGUCCUGAUGAUGCAUCCUCCAGGACCGAGAGUGCCCAUCACUCAGCCUCCAGCCUCGGGAGCAGCGAUGGCCCAGCCGGCUGCGCCCCCUGCGCAGCCCAUGGCUUCCUGGGCCCAGCAGGCUCAGCCUCUGAUCCUGCAAAUCCAGUCUCAGGUCAUAAGGGCUCCUCCACAGGUCCCCCAGGGCCCGCAGCCGCUGUCUGUCCCACUGUCUGCCCCACAGGCUGUGCACUGCCCGUCCAUCAUCUGGCAGGCGCCCAAAGGCCAGCCGCCGGUGCCUCACGAGAUGCCGUCGUCGAUGGAGUACCAGGAGGUGCAGCCGACCCAGGCGGUGACCUGGCAGGCCCCGAAGGCCCCCACUCACUUCUGGCAGCCCCUGCCAGCCCAGGAGGCCCAGAGGCAGGGCCCCCCCCUGGUCCAGCUGGAGCAGCCCUUUCCGGGAGCCCCGCCCUCCCAGAAAGCCCUGCAGAUCCAGCUACCCUCCCAGCAGGCCCAGCCCUCGGGCCCGCAAGCAGAGCUGCCCCAGCUGCAGCUCCAGUCCUCGUGGCAGGCCCCACCGGCAGUCUUGCAGGCGCAGCCCGGAGCCCCCGUAGCGGCAGCAAAUUUUCCCCGGGGCUCUGCUAAGUCACUGAUGACUCCGUCAGGAGAUUCCAGGGCCUCUUCUGUAGAGGGCAGGGCCACUUCCAAAGAGCGUAGGACCUCUUCGAAGGAUCGCAGGGCCCCUCCAAAGGACCGCAUGAUCUUUGCUGCCACCUUCUGUGCUCCCAAGGCAGUGUCACCUGCCCGAGCACACCAGCCAGCGGCCUGGAAAAACUUGCCUGCCACAUCGGAGACCUUUACUGCCACCCCAAGGGUCUUCCCAGCUACCUCCCAGUUUCAGCCUGCCUCUUCUAAUGCCUUUAAAGGCCCAUCUGCCACCUCAGAGACCCCGAAGUCACUGCCAUUUGCUCUGCAGGAUCCAUUUGCCUGUGUGGAGGCCCUGCCUGCCGUUCCCUGGGUCCCGCAGCCCCAUGUGAAUGCUUCACAGGCAGUGCCCACCAUCCUGAUGGCCACAGCAGCUGCCCCCCAGGCAACGGCCGCGGUUCCCGAGGCCUCGAAGACCUCCCUCGAGCCGCCACGCCGCUCAGGCAAAGCCACGCGGAAGAAGAAGCAUCUGGAAGCCGAAGAAGACAGCCGGGGCCAUGCGCUGGCCUUCCGUGACUGGCAGGGCCCACGGGCCUGGGAGAACCCGAAUGUGAGUGGCUGGGAAGUCCAGAGCCCUCUCCAGGUCUUGGGUGACCGGGCGUGCCCAAACGCUCCCCAUAGCCUGAGUGGCUGGGAGGGCCCUAGAACCUCCAGGAUCCUGAGUGGCUGGGAAGGGCCCAGCACAUCUUGGGUCUUGAGUGCCUGGGAGGGUCUGAGCACCUUGAGGGCCUGUGGUCUCUCUGAAGUCCCAGGGAGCCCUCAGCCCUUGACCACUUCUGAGGUCCCAAGUGUCACUCAGGGACCCAGUGCCACCCAGGAUGGUCCCAAGGGGGAGGCUCAGCCUUUGUCUCCCUUGAAUGAGAGAGCAAACACAUUGGUGCAGUUCCCCUUGGUCAAGGACCAAGCCAAGGUGCCCCUCCAGCGCUCGGAGAUGGUGAAACUCAUCAUCCGAGAGUAUAAAGACGAGUGCUUAGAUAUCAUCAACCGUGCCAACAAUAAGCUGGAGUGUGCCUUUGGUUAUCAAUUGAAGGGAAUUGAUACCCAAAACCACGCUUAUAUGAUCAUCAACAAGCUGGGGCAGCCUAAAAGUGAGGCAGUGGCAUCCUUGUUAGACAAGCCCAAGUUAGGCCUGCUGAUGGUUGUCUUGAGCCUUAUUUUUAUGAAAGGAAAUUGUGUCAGGGAGGAUCUGAUCUUCGACUUUUUGUUCAAGUUAGGGUUGGAUGUCCGGGAGACAAGUGGUCUCUUCGGAAAUACGAAGAAGCUCAUCACUGAAGUGUUCGUAAGGCAGAAGUACCUAGAGUGCAGGCGCAUCCCCUACACUGAGCCAGCGGAAUACGAGUUCCUCUGGGGCCCUCGAGCAUUCCUCGAAACCAGCAAGAUGCUCGUCCUGAGGUUUUUGGCCAGGCUCCAUACGAAAGAUCCACGGUGCUGGCCAUUCCAUUACCUUGAAGCGCUGGCAGAGUGUGAAUCCGAAGACGUAGACGAGGAUGAGCCUGAAGCUGGUGACAGUGCCGGCAGCUCCACCAGCAGCCCCCGUCCCCACUAAUGUGUGUGUGUGGCAAACAUCUCUCAUUCAUUUGGCUCCUUGGCCAGAGGCCACUGGCAGGGUUGGGGGGGACAUUUCGUUUCUGGUGUUUAUGUUCUGGCUUCACGUGUGUAAGUUUGGAUUUCCAAUUUUGUUGCAUAUCUGCCAAAGCUUUGUACAUUCUCAUGUGGUGUUGAUUUCAGUCCGCUACUGUUCCGUUUCGUAUUUUGGCAUCAGUAUUUUUAAGUGAGAUCUGUGGCUUUCUGUUUUGUGUUAUAAUUGUUUUGUUUUGGUAUCAGAGUUGUGCUAGCUUUGUGAAAUGAAUUGAGAAGCUAUCCAUCUCAUUCUGGUACAGUUUAUGUAGCAUUGUAAUCAGUUGUUCUUUGAACGUUAAAAUGAUUUGUCAGUAAAAACUGUCUACAGAAAAGUAAAUAUAUCUAUAUAUCUAUAUCUAUAUCUAUAUAUAUAAAUAUACUUUCAGCAUAA